GCUGAGCCCAGCACCAUGGCAGACUCACAGACAAAAGCUGCCGGCAAGCAGCCGUAUGUCCUCCCCCAAUUCACGCCGAAAGACUACUCGACUUUCUUCUUGGCCGGGGCGCUAUGCGCAACGCUCACACACGGUGCGAUGACUCCCAUCGACGUCGUCAAGACGCGCAUCCAGGUCGACCCCGAGAUGGCGCGCAUGUCCCUGCUGUCCGGCGGGAGGCGGAUCGUCGCGCAGGAGGGCGCGUCCGCGUUGCUCACCGGGUUCGGCCCCACCGCCGUCGGCUACUUCGUGCAGGGCGGCGCCAAGUUCUUCGGGUACGAGUUCUGGAAGAAGCAGUUCGCGUCGCUGGCUGGCGAACAGGACACCGCGGUCAAGUACCGCACUGCGAUAUACCUCGGGGCGUCGAGCGUCGGAGAGUUCUUCGCCGAUAUCCUCCUCACGCCCCUCGAAGCCACGCGGAUACGGCUCGUCUCCCAGCGGGGCUAUGCCACCGGUCUCACAACGGGCUUCGCGCGAUUGGCCAGAGAAGAGGGCGUGGCGGGGCUCUACGCGGGCUUCCUGCCCAUUCUCUGCAAACAGAUCCCGUACGCGAUCGGUCAGUUCACAGUGAACGAGUUCUGCCACGAGCUCGUCUUCCGCAACAUGUCGGAGGAGACCAAGCGCUCCCUGAGCCAGCCCGCGAAGUACGCGAUCAGCCUCGGAAGCGGCGUCGUCGCCGGCUUCGCUGCUGCCAUCCUCAGCCAGCCCGCGGACACGCUCCUCUCGCAGAUCAACAAGGGCCACGGGCCUGAGGGCUCCAUGCCACACCGCCUGCGCGUGCUCGCCCAGCAAUCGGGAUUCCGUGGGCUUUUCGCAGGGCUGGGCCCGCGCAUGAUCAUGACCGCUGGCCUGGUCGCCGGUCAGUUCCUCCUGUACGGAGCGAUCAAAGACGCUCUAGGAGCGCCGCCUGGCUUGGAGAUCCACAAAGAGAAUGAGAGGAAGAUCUAGGGGCGGAGAUUGCGAGAUCUGGGCAGACGCCGUAUGUAGAUGUACUCAGAGA